AUAUUUAGUUCCUUCCCACCCCACGAACUCUCAUCGAAAUUAUUCUGGCGGUAGCCCUCAGGAUAAACCAACGACAAGUCUUGCGGAAUUCGGUCUGUUAUUUUAACAUUCCGUUCGCAGGUUUGAGAUUGAAAGCAUCUUUGUCGCGAUUUGAAGCGAGAAGAAAACUGGAAUUGAAGAGAAAACGGAGACAGCGGAAUCGAGAACGGGAUUCAUGAGUUCCUCAUCAAUAAUAACUCCAGAAGACGUGCUGCAGUCGCUGAUGAAUGAUGGUACUAUCGAUUCUCUCAGGUUGAAGAUCAUUAACCAGCUCAAAGCCAAUGAAGAGCUUAAGAAUACCACCAUUAAAAUGGUAGAACAGAGCAAAGUCCUUAAUACCCCUGGGGCAGAAAAGCAGACCAAAAGAGAGUUGUUUGAUUCUCUUCGACAGGAACUUGAAGCACCAGUGCUUGAGAAAGCCUCCAAAUCUGUUUGGGAAUUGAUUUUGGACAACAAUGGGUUGGGCAAAGAAAUAAACGACACAGUCGAAAAAGUAUUUUGUCGAUUGAGUGGCAGGGAACCUCCAUUGUUUCCUCCUCAAAAUGGGGAUAUGGCAUCAGUCAAAGAACCUGAGAAUGAGAAAGGCAAGGGAAAAGAGCCUGAAGAUGAUUACCUCAAGGAGAAAUCACACUCUGUCAGGAAAAGGAGUUUCAAUGAUAUGAAUGGCAGAGAGGAAAACAAUGUUGCAAAUGGAGCUGGUGAAAAUCUAGCUCUACCUGAAGAACUCAGUAGAUCACCUUAGUUGAGUUUGAAGACGUAUACCACAUCAGGAACCACCAUGCCAUGACGACGGGAUCUGACAGGUGUGGUUCAAGCUUUUCCCUCUUAAUCUGAUGAGCAUGGCCCGUGUGGCCAUGUCAAACACAAAUAGGAACAAAAUUUAUCACAUGCAUGCUGCACACGCAACCCAUGGGAGUCUGAAAAUUUGUUUGUGUUGACACAUAUGACCACUUCUAUGAUCUUUAAUGUUUCCCGUUAGUUUAUGGUUAGAAAUUAGGAUGCUUAGUCCUGAAAAACUAGUUCUUGUAAUCUAAUCUACCAAUGUCAUUACUGCGAAAAACAAUAUUAAUAUGUAUUGACGUUGUUCAGUAGAUUAUAUCUCUGGUUCAGUUUUCA